CAGGGUUUCUUUUCUACAGAACAGAGGCCAAUUCUCCCCAGCACACACAUUUGCACAGAGCAGGGUCCCCAGGCCUCCGCAAUGUUGGCCCCUGCUUCCGGGCCCCACCUGCCUCCUUACCUGCUGCUGGCUCUGCUGUUGGGACUCACAGGUGUGGCAGGUGAGGCGGAGCUGCAGGUGAUCCAGCCCGAGAAGCUGGUGUCUGUCACAGCUGGAGAGACAGCCACUCUGCGCUGCACCCUGACCUCCCUGGUCCCCGUUGGGAAAAUCAGGUGGUUCAGGGGGACAGGGCCAGACCGGGAGUUAAUCUUCAGUUUUGGAGGAGGCCACUUUCCCCGCGUAACAAAUGUUUCAGACGCCACAAGAAGAAACAACAUGGACUUUUCCAUCCGCAUCAGUAACAUCACCCCAGCAGACGCUGGAACCUACUACUGUGUGAAGUUCCAGAAAGGGGCCCGUGAGGUGGAGUUUAAGUCUGGACCAGGCACCCAGGUCACCGUGAGCGGCAGGGAAGGUGGCUUUUCUGAUGGUGCAGGUAUUACGGAAGGUCCCAAGGGUGCAUCCUUUGUCUCAGCAGCACAGCUAGUACCUGGCUCCACCACCAGGAAGACCUGUGCCUCUAGCAGAUUGCUUCUUCCUCUUCCCCAAGCUUCCCAUUCAGGAAGGAGAGCUGGCAGCCUGAGAAAAGACCUAGAACUCUCUCCUUCACUCUUGGUGGCUCUCUCCCUGGGCCCCAAGCUGCUGCUACUCGUCUUUGUCUCUGCCAUCUAUGGCCACAGGAAGCGAUGGAUUGACUGUGAGUCAUGGACAAGGAGGACAGAGCCAGGUGACCCAGGAGGAAAAUAGCACCGAGGACAUAGGAGACACGUGGAGAACAUUUCUGGAAUGAUGAGCAGAUAAUGAAAUGUGAACAUGGGUCCACGGCUCCUUCCUUCCUCCCCUGCUACAUGCCAUCCUCGGUCUCUGCUGCCUCCUUCCUUCCCUGAGGGGCCCAGCCUAAGACAAGGAACAACUAGAAGCUUCCACAACCCUGCCCCAGAUGCCUGCUUCCCCAGAGACCCACCUGCCCACAGUUCCUGCUGCUUCUCUCCCAGUCCUUGCUGCCCCCAGAGCUAAUCUUCAUACCUGGUCGUGAGCAGGGUCCAUGGGAACGUGCUCUGGAAACUGACACACGGGUAUCUUCCUAGAAUGUGAGAAACAAGUCACGUGUACGUGUACCAGGCUAUCUCUCAUCCAUUUCCUGGGGACCGUGGCCAUUAAGUACACACUCAAGGCCGUGCUCUCGUGGGCCAUUCCUCCCAACCCCCGGACUCGCCAGCCUCAGUGAGGUUCUCCAAUGCCUCCUGAAUGCAAAUGAAUCCCAUCCUGCGUGGAAGAAGAGAAAUGAUUCUCCUUCCGCUUUGCCUACAUGUCCUUCUACUCAAAGUAGAGAGGUUUCCUUCCUCUCCCUGUGACGGGGACACCAGCUCCCCGUUCAGCUUCAUCUUUCCUGAUCCCCCCGCUCGUGUAUAGGUGCUGGCAGUCCAGAAACCUGGACCCUUCCCUGAUUUCCUUCUUUAUACCCCGUGUUCAAUUCUGCCUUCAUAAUGCUAUGUCCAGUGGUGACAUGGUAAAUGUUCAACAAUCCACUUCUCAGGAGGAAAAAGAAGCCCGAUUUGUAGUGCUUGUCCACUUCUGCGGCGUCUACACUUCCAAUGCGGCCAAUUUCAAGCUGCCAACAGUGGAACAACUAGCUUGCAAAAUUCCUGGAAAGCUCUCAGGAGCGAGGGCAAGCCUCCUCCCGCCCACCAGGGAGCUCCACCCAGCACCUGCACACUGCUCGCUCCCGGGCUGCCCCCUGGUCCCGGCCACCAGCAUCCCUUCCUGGGCUAUUGCCACGUGCCUAACAGACUCUCCGGGUUCCGCCACAGUGACCCUUUGGAAAUGGAGGUCAAAUUGUCUCCCUUCUGUGCUUCUUCCCCCUACAGAUGUGCACGGCUUGGUCUCUCCCCCUUUCAAGCUCUGCUGACCAGUCACUUUAUGAAAAGCACCUUCCUCAAACCACCCACAUAAAAUACCAAUUCCUGUCUCUCACUGUGUGUUUUCACAGCUCAAAUCCAAACUGAGUUGUUUCCCUAGAACUUAAGAUCAGCUGACACGAUAAAUGGAGACAGUGGUCACUUUGCACAGUGACGCAGGACUUAGGCAAUGACAGCGCCACUGAAAGCAAGCGAAGUGAUCUCAAUAAUCAGAGGGGAAAAGUAACAAUUUUUCUGUGACCUUUAAAAACUUCUUUCAACACAUUAGAAGCCCUCCAACUAUCAGUUAGGAAUGUAUAAGGACAUGAAAAAAGAAAAGUAAAGCUGUUAUUCAUUUGGUAUGGGUCAUUGCAAACAUUAGAAAUGUUGAAAAGGGAAGUGUUUUAUCUUUUGUAAAGACUUAUCAAGAGUAGUUUGCAGAGGGCUUGCCUUCUUCUAACCACAGUGUCACUCCUUUCUCAGUUGGGAUCAGUUUCUAACAUUCCAUCCCUUGCACUUCCAAUGCUGCGAUAUCUUUACAAUAUUAAUGUGAAUAUAUGCUGGUGUCACUCCCUCCGGGACAUUCCCUGUCCCCGCCCCCACCCCCAGCCCCACCUCCUCAGGUACGUGGUAAGUUUAUCUUCACUCUGCUCCUCUGGGUGCAUAUCUAGACUCGGGCAAUGGUAUUCCCGGCAGCAUUCCCAUGAAGGCCGCCAUGGCUUCAUGAACCCCUCUCACAUUCAGUUUGAACUUGACCUCUAACCUCAUCUUUUCUCCUUUCUCCUGUGCACUUUCAGCUUUGUGCCCAUUCCCUUUUGCCAUUUCUUCACUUUUGUACAAUGUCACGCAGGUUUAUCGCGGGAAACCAGGAGACUACAUAACCACCUGCUUUGCUAUUGUGGCAAACACACAUCCCAACCCAAUGAUCAUGGCACCCUGAUCUCAGACUUCCAGCCUCCUUAACAGUGGGAAAGAAGUUCCUGUUGUUCAAGGCAUCUAGUUUACAGUGUUUUCUUCUAGUAGCCCAAGUCAAGUAAAAUCUAGAAAAAUUAUGGACUUUGCUUAAUAAUAAUGUACCAAUAUUGGUUCAUUAAGUUAUAACAGAUAUACCAGAUUACUGUAAGACAUUAAUAAGAGGGGAAACUGUGUGCAGCUGUAUACUGAAACUCUGAAGGAUUGUUCCAAGUUUUUUCUAAAUGUAAAACUGUUUCACAAAAUUGAGUCCAAUAAAAAAAACUUUAACAUCUUGUC